AUUCUCACCCUCUCUUUGAUGUCCACGUCCCCGUGGUGUCCGAGUCCUACCGGCUGAGAUGUGUUACGCGCCGCUGCUUUAGAAAAAACAGAGAAGGAAAACUUCAUAGAAAUGGCGGAGGGUACUACGACUCUCAAAGGCUUGCGAGCCCAAAUGGCUGCAGCUGCACAGGCACAAGCCGAGGAGCGGCGCAGCCUGGCAGGGAACAGUCCAGGGCCUACAACCAACACAUCAGCUAAACCUCAGGGGUGUAGGCCAGAUGCAACACAAUCCACUUCCACUACCCUCUCAGUGUGGCUUACUGCAGUCAUUGAUGGUGCCGCACUUAGAAUAGACGACCGACUGCGAGUGGCAAAAGAGAGGCGAGAGGAGGCAGACAGACAACAGGCUUUGCGAGAGUCUCAGAUCAUGGAGCGGGAACGCAAAGCCAAGCUGCAAGUGGAGCGUCAGAUGGAGGAGCGUCAGAAAAAGGUUGAGGAACAGCGAAGAAAGGAGGAGCAAAAACGAUUGGCUGUGGAAGAAAAAAGGAAGCAGAAACAGGAAGAGGAAAAGGAGCACUAUGAGGCAGUGAUGCGGCGGACAUUGGAGCGUAGUCAUCGAGUGGAGCAGAGGCAGAAAAGAUGGUCCUGGGGAGGCCUGUCCUCAGACUCAGAUGGACGAACAGGAGACUCUGAUGCCAGCACCUCAUCUCCAGUAACUAUAGUUAUCUCCCCUGCCUUGCCAGAAAAGCCACCAAGGAGUCAACAAGUGGACAAGCGCUCCACAUCCACCAUGAACCUGAAACAGCCACCCGAGGCUGGCAUCAGCAAACGCCUAUCCUCUUCCUCUGCCACCCUCAUCAAAUCUCCUGACCAAAGUGUUAGGCCGAGGAGUUCGUCUUGUAACCGGUUGCCUAGCAGUGGCAAUGCUGCUCAGGCCAGUAAGGAAGACUGCAAAAAGCUUCAGGUGGAACAGACAGGCCGUUCCAUGAAGAAGAGAAGUUCCUCCCUCACACGAGUAAGUGUGGGCCGAGCACAGACCCCUGCCAAACCUGAUAAGGGGACAACGGAUGAUCAAGCUCGCAGGCCACCGGCCAGCACUGAGGACGGAGGGGUCCUUAGUCGCCUGCUCACCCCCACCCAGGCCUCACUAGCUAGGAGCAAGAGUGCCGCCGCCCUGUCAGCUGAAGGAACAGAUGCUCCAGAGUGUCACCUGUGUCCUCGCUCAGCCUCUGCCAGUCCCCUGCACCCACCGCGUGGACCUGUGCGCAGCCGCAGCAUUGACCGACAGAAGAGCGGCAUGACCACCUCUGUGUCGGCCGACGGAGCCCUCGACCCUUCAAUGAAGGACAAGCAGUUAACAUCUCCUGGAGGGCAACGUCCCGCCUCCCCAUCUACUACCCUGGGACGCAACCGUUCACCAUCCCCAGCCCCCAAUCCAGCCCCAAAGAGGACUCCCUCCCCAGCAGCAGCCAAGCAAAGUUCCAGGACACGCCCACCCUCACCUGGUGCAAUGAAACAACGUCCUCCAUCCCCCCAGCCUACGUCAGCAAAACCUCCACCUAUCCAGAAACCAGCUCUCACUCCAACAGGGCCCCCCACCUUGCGAAAGAGGGACUCCAAGUCCAAGGAUCUGUGUCCUGUCCAGGCUGUGUCUCCACAGUCCUCUGAUUCCAGCAAGACCAAAGAGAAAGAUGACUCUAAAGCCUCGACGGGCACCAACUCUGCUGCUGAGGCUGCCAAGAUCUUGGCGGAGAACCGCAGACUGAUGCGAGAGCAGAAAGAGAAAGAGGAGCAGCUCAGGAUACAGAAGGAGGAAGAGGAAAAGCUGAGAAAGGAAGAAGAGAAGCGUUUAGCGGAGGAGGCUCGACUGAAACGCCUGGAGGAGGAGAAGAAGCUUGCAGAGGAGAGGAAAAUUAAAGAAGAGGAAGACGCUCGCCUAGCAGAGGUGGAUCGGGUGAGACUAGCAGAAGAGGAGGCAGUGAAACAGGCCGAGCUCCAGAAGGAACGUGAGGAGGCCGAGGCCAAGGCCCUGGAGGAGGCAGAGAGAGUCCGUCAGGAGAGAGACCGCAUCAUGCAGCAGAACCAGCAAGAACGAAUGGAGAGGAAGAAGAGAAUUGAAGAGAUAAUGAAGAGAACAAGAAAAGGGGACCAAAAUGACUUUAAGAGAGAGGCAGGAGAUGACGAUAAAUACGCACAGGACAAUGAAGAUGAGGGGGACCAGAUAAACUCUGAAACCAUGAGCCAGGCAGAUGACACCACUAUGGAGGCUGACACAGAUGAGUGUGGUCUGUCCUCUGGUGAGCUGAUGGAACAGCGAGAGGAGCCCCUGGGCAGCGUGAAUGGAAAACCAGAGACCGACGACAAGGAGAAUAACAAUGGCAUAAGCACAGAUGAGACUCAGGCAGUAAGUCCAGUCCCUAAGGGCCGCCUCGUCGAGGGCUCGGAGUUCCUGAAUGAGCAGGACUCCGCCAAGGUCGGAUUGGUCUCAGGUCUAAACGGUAAAUCCAACCAGUGGAGCUUUGAGGAACUCAUUGACCUCAACGUCCACUCCAAGACUCUGCCCCUCAUCGAGGCAGAGGACUGUAACCAGGUCUUGAUUAACUGUGACGGGACCUCAGAUGGGACCAGGGUCGCCUUUGAGGACAAGGGAACCCCCGUCAACACCCUGCAUUCCUCUAAUCAACCCAUAGAAUCCCUGUCAGAGAUUUGAUGCUGCAGCCGUCGCUGAGAAGCCUGUUACUGUUGCACUCUUAAAGUUCUUGUCCAGCUGAGCUCCUUCAAAAAAAGUCCUUUACCAGUUCCAAACAGCCUCCUCUUCUUUCUCCUCCUCCUCUUCCAGACAGAGGGGCACAAGGUGAAGCGGAAAGACCAACCCAAGUGCUACAUUUGCACCCUAAAUGAUGAGGAAACAAAUAUAUUAAAAUUAUAUAUAUAAAAAAACGUUAUGCUUCAGGGAAAUUCCAUAUAUUCCUUCAACUUACUUGCUUCAGGUCUCUUUCCUCUUCCUCUUGUGUUUAGUUUUUCUCCAGAUUUUUUUUUUUUAUGUCGUGUCUAAUGUUGAUGAUGCUUUUUAAGAGUUGUGUCUUUGUCAGGGGUGCAUUGUUGUAAUUUAUUAAUUUUGGCUUCUUUGUUGUUGUAAUUAUUAUCAUAUGUUUGGUCUUUUUUGUUUUCUUGUAUGAGAAUAUUCCAGGACACAUGCGCAUUAGGCUGUGUGAAUUGAAAAUGAGGUUAAAAUUGUGAGUUAAUGGAAGGAACGUUAAUACAUUCUGUUCUGUCGGGGUUUGCAUCCCAGGUUUUGCAUGCGAUUCAUUUAAAUUUACUUGACCGACUGCUUUUUGCAGCAUCCAGCAAUAUGGCCUUACCACUUUUUCCCCAGCUUCUAAUUUUUCUAAGUGUGGAUAUACUAAAUUGCUUGUUCUGAAGCUCACACACGCACAGUUUAGCAAUUGUCCGUCAUGUGCUUACACUUGGGAGUGGAUUCUGUAUUCAUACCUCACUUCACCUCACAGAGCUCUGUCCUUUAAGCCCCAUUUUUUCAUACAUAGCACGCCCCUGUCUCCAAGCGUCUCUCAUCGUGUUUCCUUUUUAUUUGUCCACUAGAGGGCUUCGGGAGCAUAACUCCAACUGUUACAUUUGAAGCUGAGGAGUUUUGAAAUUCAUGACAACGCUGUAGUGAAUUCACAUGUUCAGUGACGUUUCAGCAGUUUGUUGAUUUAGGGCUCAUGGUCCAUUUAGGUUUUGUUAUUUUUUACAUAUGUAUAUAGAAUUUAUGUUUACUAACAACAUCAUUGUAAUUUACAUCAGAAUCUGAGUCUUAGUCUCAUGUUGAUGUUGCAAUGACUCUGUAACACAACAGUUUGAAUAACCAUAACUGUAACAUACUACUACAGGUAAAGUCCAUUAGUUUCAUUCAUAGCUGCUUCUGAGCUUCGUAAGACGGUAUGUGUUUAUUACCGAACUGAACUUGAAUGUUCGGCUGUUUUGUCACGAUGUCUAGAGUUCACCUUUGCUGAAACAAAAAAUCAGGUUUUCAAUUAUCUGGUUUUAACUCGAGCUUUACCAACACAUCCACGCACACUUUUCCAUCCAUCCUCAUGCCUGUGUGGCUCUUUCAUUCAUGACAUUUAUUUCCCACUAACCUUUGAAAAUUCCCAACACAGUAGCUGCUACAUCAGACAAAAUGCAUUUCAACUAUUUUUUAUAAUAUAAAAUUUGGCUGUUUAUGUAUGAAAAUACAUUUCUACAUAUAUUUAAGUGUUAUUGUAUUGUGUAUAUAAUCAGUAUUAGGCAAAUGAAGCCAUGUUUAGGAUGGAGUGGUGUCAGGAUGUGGAUAAUUGAAGUCUCUGUGUAUGUGACUGUGCUAAAAGUUAGGUUUCUGUUCUCGUGCCCUGUGACAGGGUAGUCAGCCUGGAAACCCCAAAUUUACAUAAAACCCUCUUCCACAAGAGCUCUGCAAAACAAGGGGCCAAGUGGGGACCCACUAUGUUUCUCAAAAUAUGGUGUGUGUAUUUGUGUGUGUGUGUGUUUGAGAGCUUUCAGCCCCAUAUCCCCAUGCCCUAAUUCUGAAUAUUGCUUCACAAAGACUUAACAAGUUUUGGACAACAUUUUGAUGGCGAGCCGAGUUGUUACAGCCCUUAGCAAUAUGUCUGACCCAUGAUAAUGGCUGUGCCUCUUUAUGAUGCUUUUAAUGUCUUGAAAAUAUGUUUUCUAUUAUGUCAAAGGAUGUGGGGAUGUUGUUGGUUAGUUAUGGUUGGUCUAUCAGCUCAGGUCACAACUAUUCUACUUUGUAGUAUGAGGCAGGGCACGUACACCAAACAGAAUAUGACAUGGGUCAGACAUAUUGUUUUGUCUCUUAUGGAUUUUUCAUGAAUUGUAUUCAAAUCUUAAAUACCCCAUGCUUGAAUAGUUCAAGUAUGAGUCUUGGGGACCUUGAUCUUGAUUUUUGCCUUGUUAUCUGCUGGCUUUCACACCCUCUUAAUAACUCAAAUCUCUUUGUACAUAAAGAUUGGGGGCUUUUAGAUCUUAGCUUUGAUUAAUAAGCUCAAAGAAUGUAACAGACUCCAGAAACCGUCCUUCAUUAUUUACCAUGUCUCUCAGAGCUGCCUGCUUUUAGUGUUCAUACAUUAUUCAUCUAGAAAACAUGAGACUCUUUGCACUGUCACAAAUUACUCGCUUACUGUUUAAAGACUGGUUACUAAGGAGUAGCUUUACUGUACAGACUUGUGGGAGAGUUGUGUGAUAUUCUGGAAGAAAAGAAAAAAAAGUCAUUUGUCUGUGGUUUGUUCCUUCCCAGAUAUUUAAGUCUCAUUCAUAACCCAACACCUGCCUAUACCCAAACCUUUCCUACUCCUCUCUCCACUCAUGAGUAGCACCUGUUGGGGGGCUGUUGUAGCUGCUGCUUGAACAGAUACUUUAUCUAUUCCAGGUCCUGCUGCAUCUUUGAGGGCUUGAGUACAGAGCUGACUGCUCUUAGUCUUCAACAUUGUCUAUAACAAUAGGAUAGAAUGGUGCCUUAGAUUGAGAUUUAGUAUUUUUAUUGUAUAACAGUUAACUAUGAAAGCUUGACCUUACCUCGGCCUCGACAAUCAGUCUACCCAACCAGGGCAACUUUGUGAAUAUGAAUAUUUCUCUGGAAGAUUUACAAACCUAACAACGCCCUGUCUACAAAUACAAUUUGUACUGUAAAUAUAUCUAAAGUGUACUGAGAUUAUACAAACUGUUAAAACAAUAAAGUCUUGCAAAAAUA